UUUUGUUCAACCUCAACGACAACGCUUUUUUUCUUAUUGCGGGUUUUCGCUCUUUUUUAUUUUUUCCAUUCCUUUUUGAACCAAUAGUUGAUCUUGAAAAUAAGUUGAUGGGUCAAAAGAGCGACGAUAUCAUGCUGGAGAACGACCCGCCGGCGUAUCUGGAUGAGGAUCUUCAUUCACGUCAUAGCCUCACCUCCGGCAAAAGACACACCACCACGAUCGAAUACUCAGACAUUUCCCCAAAGCUAGAUCACCAACCACACCCGUCGCAAGGUAGCAGCACAAUGUCCGUGCUACUUCAGCUCAGUUUUCCCAUUAUCAACGUCAUUAUCACUGCCGUCCUUCUUGGCGCUUUGAUUUACAUUUACACUCACGCCAACGGCCAAAACUUGGAUUACACACUGGCGGGCAUGAAAAUCCCUACCAUUAUCGCCCUGUUGAUGACCAUCACCAAGAUGUUUGUUGGUGGAGGCAUCACUUAUGCUGUAUCGGAGUACAAGUGGGUGACUCUGCAGAGAGAAGGAGGAAAGCUGGCACUGCUGGAUGUGUAUGAUGCGUGUACACGUGGCGUGGGAGGUAUCGUUCGCGUGCUGGGCGCUCUUCGAUUGGACGCCAUCCUGGUCCCUGCCAUUAUCUUCCAGUUUGGGCUGAUCGCUAUCGGGCCAGCAUCGCAGCAGAUCCUCAAUACCCAAGAGAUCGACGUCUGCGAAAAGGGCGGCCUGUUGUCCUUGAGAAAUAUCAGCAACACCGAUUGGUCCGUCAUGUUUUCCAACCUUUACAGUUCUCCGCGCGCCAACACAGGGAUGCGGGAACCUUACGUGGUGGAGUUCGCGAUAGCCCAAGCCGCCAAAGGCUUGAUGCCUAUGCCUGUCCACUUUUGCCCUCCGUCGGCCUUGAACUGCUCGUUCCAAGGAGUCUCUGGGUUUUACACCGUCGCAGCAUGUAAAGAAAGCUCGGUCCAGGCCACCAUCGUGGACCUCGACCAUAAUAAUGUGACGACCCUCUUUGACCAUUUUGGUUACAAUCGCGUCUCCAGUUCGUCAUGGUUUGUUGCCAGCCCCGAAACCCCGUCCAUUUACUACGCUGGAUCCAUGAAAGGCCGCACCUUUUACGAUUUGAACAACAUCACCGCUCCGACGUCGCGCAACGUGACUUUCGAUCCCACUAUCCGUCGGUUGUAUGGUGAUCAGACGUUUGUCAUUGUCACGAGCAAGAACGAUAUCAGCAGCACGUAUGUCAAGGACAUGAAAGAUUUGACGGUGCAGGAAUGCACGCUUCAAAGCCACGUCAAUCGAACCACAAUUGUGUUCAAAAAUGGGACCGUUUCUCAGACAGACUAUCAGACGACGCCAAUGGUGAUUGACUAUGAUAAACUCAGCAACAGUACAUACUGGGACAAAGAAUUCCGGACCAGUCUGCAUAAAAACUACACGAUGCUCAACGCGUAUGCUUUGCAGCUGUCGAUUAUGAAGAGUCUCAUUAUCCAUACACGGCCAUUGAAGGAUAUCGCACUUGAUUGGGCCAUGUUUGACACGAUCAAACUGGACAACUCACCCAGUCAAUUUCUGCAUCAUGUGCUGCGCAACAUUGAUAUUUCUACCCUUGUUGCUCUCCCGGAUUUUCCCACCCUGGGGAUGCCAGGCAUUCAGUGCCAACGCCAAAGCCGAACGUACGCGUUACAACCUUCGGCGUUUUAUGGACUCGUGUUAUCCUUCCUGAUUCCUACGAUUUGGUGGGCUUGGGUGUGGAUUUCGAGUCUUUUCUAUACCAACGGUGUUUCACGUGGCAAUUCCCAGGUCGCGCUUAUGGUAACCGGUCUGACUCCCGCUUGCCAAAAACAGUUUGAUGAUCUAUCGCACGCCGGAUCGAAGCAAAUAUUCCAAAAAGCCAAACAGAUCAACGUCUGGUUCGGCGAAACCAUCGCUCACGAUGGUCGUCCUGGCCAUAUCCGCUUCGGUCUGCAAGAAGAAAUCAAACCUAUCCGUACAAGACGAAAAUCGUUCUAGCUCGUCGUUUAAUUUUAUCUGAUAACAUUCACUAUAUUGACUAUACCUAUUGAUUAUUUUGAUUCCAUGAGAUUAAGAAAAAAAACACGUUAAGCCGUGAUAUUACAUGAUCAAACAAUGGUAUGACAUGAUGAAGCGGUUUCUUCCCCUUUUUUUCGUUAUUUCAUGUAUGUUGCCUGGCAAAUAAAGUUACACCAAAAAAAUUCGCC